CUAUUAAAGCGUCUCCGCAGUCUGAGCUGAGUCAGUGACACCAGCAGCUUGUUGACCAGCAGCUUGUUGACGGCUCCUCUCACAGAAUUCAUCCACAGAUGAGACUCAGCCACGACCUGCAGCUUUUUCUUCAUUCAAGCUCCCGAGAACCUGGUUCCAUCAGCAGCAUCUCACAGGUCACCAUUUUCCAACUUUGAGCGGUUUCCACCUGAGGUCGGAGAAAAUGGCAGCAAUUCCAUCAACCGGCUCUCUCAUCGCCACCCAUGAUUACUACAGAAGACGGAUCGGCUCCACGUCCAGCAACAGCUCCUGUGGCAGUGCUGAGCACACGGGAGAGGUCAUCCCACACCACCCAGGACUUCCAAGGCAAGACUCUGGCCACUGGUGGACUUCGUUUUUCUUUGCAAAGCAGAACCAGCCCGGCAUGCAGAACGGAUCUGAGAGUCAAAAGAACAGAACCUACACAGUGGCUGACGGUCAGGUGACCUGCAUCGCCAGGGAGAUGGUUCUGAACAGACAACUCAGCGAAAGCAGUGAAAACGGAAAGUCUGAGUCAACGACUCCAACUUCCUCCUAGACUCCAUUUUCCCACCCUGUGACCUCCGACCCCUCGUUUCCUUCACCCUCAGCGUUCCACCACAUAGUCCAGAGCUGGAGAUGAUGCUGGCGAUGAUGAGGGUGUUUUUUUCUCUAUUAAAUAGAACUUAUUUUUGCUUUUUGCCUCCGUAUAGUAUGUCUAUGUUUUAAUAUGACCAAAAAAACAACUAAAGUGUAUAAAAAGUUUAUAUUUCAUUUUAUUCCUCUCGUAUCUUGACACUGUUGACAAUGAUAAAUAAAAUGCUUGACGUCAGGA